CUCAACAAUUCGCGUGGCCGCCAGAUUGACCCAGAACAGCUGUGUGAAGACGCCUGCCGUUCUGUUGUUGUGGUGGUCCGAGCGCAGCAGCACACCACACAGCAGCCAGGAGAAGGCGUAAGACAGGUCACUGAGUAUGUGGUAGUAGGCGAUGUCUUGGCUCGG